CUUGUCCUCUCAUCAUUAAUUUUUUCUUUCCGAUUUCGUUCUCUUUUUUUCCAGUUUCCUUUUGUCCAUUUUUUUUCAUUUUAGCCUCGCUUUUUAAAAAAAAAUAUAUUCGAAUGAGUGUCAGCGGCACCCAUUAAAAUAUAAUUUUUUUCUUUUUCCUCAUAAUACCAAUAUUUUUAAGUGCGUCUACAAAUACACAUACUGUUGCGUCAAAAUCAACGAAGACAUCUAAAGAAAUCAUAAUUCCACGGGCCAAUCAUUGGGUGGUUGCGAUAGGUGGUGCCGCCAAUGGCAACAGCGGCACCGGAGUUUUAUGUUCAAAACGGGUUAUUUACUUAAAAUGGGUCAUUUUCAUAAAUAAUCAAAAGUUUUGUAUAUUUUUAUAAAAAAGCCUACAGCCCACAGUUCCACUCCUCUUGUAGACUUCUACUCCUUUUUGACUUCUUUUUAAGUUUGCAGUUUUCCCGUUUAGUUUUUCUAUAAAGAUUUCUCCCCUCAUUUUUUAGCAUUAAAGGAAAAAAGAUCAAAAUCAAUAUCAAGAAAACGCUGUCAAAUUUCGCACCAAUUCUUUUCUUUUUAGGGUUUAAUUUAAUAUCUUUCUGUUGACCAUUUGAUUUUCAUCGACGUGUUUGAUUUCUUUUUCCUUCGAGUUCACUGCAAUGCAUCGAGUGGGCAGUGCAGCAAACAAUGGCAAUUCUAACCGCCCACGUAAGGAAAAGCGACUGACCUAUGUAUUGAGUGAUGCCAAUGACACAAAGCAGCAUUGUGCUGGCUUAAAUUGUUUAGCUGUCCUACAGUCAUCUGCCUCUGAUGGAUGUAACUAUCUCUUCACUGGAAGCCGUGAUGGCACACUUAAGAGAUGGGCACUGGGUGAAGAUGCUGCCACUUGCUCUGCCACAUUUGAGUCACAUGUUGAUUGGGUAAACGAUACUGUAAUAGCUGGUGGCAGUACACUUGUUUCCUGCUCUUCAGACACCACACUGAAGACAUGGAAUUGCUUGUCUGAUGGAACUUGUACCAGGACUCUCCGCCAACACUCUGACUAUGUUACAUGUUUAGCUGCAGCUGAAAAAAAUACCAAUUGGGUUGCUUCUGGUGGUCUUGGUGGGGAGGUUUUCAUAUGGGAUAUUGAAGCUGCGGUUACUCCACUUUCAAAGUCAAGUGAUGUAAUGGAAGAUGAUUGUUCCAUUGGUAUCAAUGGUUCUGCUAAUCCAUUAACAAUAUCAAGUUUGCGAACAGUUAGCUCAAAUAACAGCAUUAAUGCAAGCACAAAGCAGUGUCAUAUAUAUGUCCCCAUCACUGCCAAAGGCCACAAAGAGUCGGUCUAUGCAUUGGCAAUGAAUGAUAGUGGAACCCUUCUUGUGUCUGGUGGAACUGAGAAGGUUUUGCGAGUUUGGGAUCCAAGAACUGGUUCAAAGACUAUGAAGCUAAGAGGGCAUAUAGAUAACACCAGGGCUCUCCUUCUGGAUUCUACUGGCAGAUAUUGUUUAUCUGGGUCCUCUGAUUCUAUGAUCAGGCUAUGGGAUCUUGGUCAGCAACGUUGCGUGCACUCUUAUGCGGUGCAUACAGAUUCUGUUUGGGCACUUGCAAGCACCCCAACAUUUGGUCAUGUUUACAGUGGUGGUAGAGAUCUUUCUUUAUAUUUGACAGACUUGACAACAAGAGAAAGUAUAUUGCUUUGCAAAAAGGAACACCCAAUUUUGCAGUUGGCAUUGGAUGAUGAUAGUAUUUGGGUUGCAACAACAGAUUCUUCAGUUCAUAGAUGGCCUGCUGAAGGACAAAAUCCUCAGAAGGUCUUUCAAAGAGGUGGUUCAUUCUUGGCUGGGAACUUGUCUUUCUCGAGGGCAAGAGUUUCUUUAGAAGGGACAGCCCCAGCUCCUGUUUAUAAAGAGCCAAUCUUUACUAUUCCUGGAACUCCAGCAAUAGUUCAGCAUGAAAUUUUAAAUAACAGAAGGGAUGUAUUGACUAAGGAUACUGCUGGUUCAGUAAAGCUCUGGGAUAUAAUCAAGGGUAUUGUGAUCGAGGACUAUGGACAGGUCGCAUUUGAUGAGAAAAAGGAGCAGUUGUUUGAGAUGGUAAGCAUCCCUUCAUGGUUCACUGUGGAUGCCCGACUUGGAAGCUUGUCUGUUCAUUUGGACACACCCCAAUGUUUUUCUGCAGAGAUGUAUUCUGCUGAUCUGAAUAUAACUGGCAAGUCUGAGGAUGAUAAGGUUAAUCUAGGCCGGGAAACCCUUAAAGGUCUGUUGGCUCAUUGGAUGACCAAAAGAAGGCAAAGACUUGGCUUGCUGACUCCAGCUAAUGGAAAUGUUUUAUCAAGAAAAGAUACUACUCCAAGAAGUCUUGCUCAUUCGAGAAUUGAGGUUGAUGGAAAUGCUCUUAAUGACUCCACAGUCUAUCCUCCUUUUGAGUUGUCUACAGUUUCCCCUCCUUCAAUUAUCACUGAAGGUUCUCAAGGAGGUCCUUGGAGAAAGAAAAUUACUGAAUUGGAUGGUAUUGAGGAUGAGAAGGACUUCCCAUGGUGGGUUUUGGAUUGUGUAUUGAAUAAUCAGCUCCCAUCACGAGAGAACACCAAGUGCAGCUUCUACCUUCAUCCAUGUGAAGGUUCAGCUGUUCAGAUCCUCACACAGGGGAAGUUGAGUGCACCGCGUAUAUUGAGAAUACAAAAGGUUAUUAAUUAUGUCAAAGAAAAGAUGGUGCUUGACAAACCAAUUGAUAAUUUAAAUACUAUUGGAACAUUUGCUCCUGGAAUUGGAGGACAAUUGCAGCAUUCGGCAGUUGGAGAUGGAUCUUUUCAGUCUGGAUUGAAGCCAAGGCAAAAGCUUCGGCCUUCUGUUGAGAUUUUAUGCAAUAAUCAGGUAUUAUCUCCUGAUAUGAGCUUAGCUACUGUGCGGGCUUACAUAUGGAAGAAACCCGAGGAUUUGGUACUUAAUUAUAGAGUUAUUCAAGGCAGGUGAUUUGUUGAGUUCUGAGAGUCAGCUGCGACUUAUACAUGUUAGUUAAGUGACCUAUAUUACUCUUUACAGAAUAACAUACAUUGAUGUAUAUUCUUCAGGGAACACCAUUCGUCAUAUGAUAAAAGCAGGAAACUUGUAUCACUUUGUUUUUUGUUUUAUUUCAUUUUGGUUUUGGAAAGAAAAAGGGGGAGGGUAAUUCGAUUUUUUGAGAGGAAGCCUGCUGAUAAUUCAAUUCUUCCCUGUUAAUUCUGUCAAUUUAAAAUGGAAUCAUUGUAUCUUCAUUUUGAUCCGUGGAUUAACAUCAUAUAGUUUCUCUUUGAGAAUAUUUGCCCGUUGGAUAUCCAUGGUAGGCUCUUUGUUUAACUAGUGUUUGAACUGUAUUCUAUCGUAUAUCUAUCAGGCUGCAGGUUGGUCUCAGUAUUUCAUGUGGAAAGCUCAUGCCUUUUGUAAAGUGUUGAGAAUCAUAUUGUUCAUCUGAGGUUGCCUAUCAUGGCCAGAAGUGUAUGGGAUCCUUUUUUAUACACAUGUAUAUAUCAAAAGAUGAUUUUUUUUUCUUAUAUUGGAGCAUUUCUCCAUACACAGUCAAGUGGAUCGAGGUACAUAAACCUUUCGUCUUUGUCUAGUCAAGAUGUUCUCACCAUUCAUCAGGUGAAAGAGAGAAAGAAGCUCUAGGGUUGAAAUGCAAGCGGCAGAAGUGUUCAUUACUCCGGGGACAAUUAGCCAAAAAAAAGGUACUUUCUAGGACAAAAGAUUAGGCACCUGAUAUUGAAAGCUUUGUAGAUUUGCAUUGCAGGGUACAAUAGCUUAUCCAUAGAUCAGUCUUGUUUCUGGAAAAUAUCUCUUUAACGCCUUGUCAAUCUUUCAGUAGUUUUUUGAGGCAAGAAAUGAAAUCAUAAUGGCUACGCCAGGUUAGUUACAGUAGCCGGUUAGAUUUUUGAGUCGUAUUUCAUGCUUAUCUAUGAAUUGAUACUUUGGGAAAUUGAUACUAUGUUUAUUUAA